ACACACACACACGGAACAGGAGUGUCAGGUGUCCCACUGCACGCUCGGUCUCUUCUUUCUGUCUUGCUGUGGAAGCAGGUGACGCAGUGAAGGUGUGGAGAGUUUGAAGAGAACGACAGAAAUUUUGAGGAAUGAACAAAAUCUAAAACAAACAAACAAUAAUCCAGACGAGAAGCAGCUCAAAAACCAGGGUGUGGCAAUGGAGUCAGCGCCGUUCAGUAGGAAGCAGUGGUCGUCUCAGUCGUUACGCAUCACAGCCAGGGAGCUGUCGCUGGUCAGCACUCGAGGGAAACACAACGCCAUCGCUGAACGCUUCUCCAAAUAUCAGAAAGCUGCAGAGGAAAUAAAUGCUGACAAGAAAAAAAUGCCGGCCGAGAGCCUGCCGUCUGCGGUCCGCUCAGGGAACCUGAGCGUGUUGAAGAAGCGCUGGGAGGAGAAGCGGCAAAACGCACCGGCUGGGACCACGCCCAUCCCUCCAGCUGAACCUCGACCUCCGACUCGCUCCCAAAGCUUCAGACCUGUGAAGGUUCCGGAAGAGAAGAAGGCUGAGGUGGAGGAAGUGAUGGAGACGAAGCAGGAGAUGAAGCAGGAGAUGAAGCAGGAGAUGAUGAAGGAGAUUAAGCAGGAGAUGAAGCAGGAGAAGAUGCAGGAGAUGAUGACGGAGAUGAAGCAGGAGAAGACGCAGGAGAUGAAGCAGGAGAAAAUGCAGGAGAUGAAACAAGAGAUGAAGCAAGAGACGAAACAGGAGACGAAACAGGAGAAGGUGGUGGAGGUAGAAGACAAGGUGGAGGAAGAGCAGAAGAAGGAAAUGGAGGGGAGUUCACUGUCCAACUCGGAGAAACCAAGCGUCGCUCUCAACAGCCUCAAGAUGAUGUUCGAGAAAGGAGAAACCAAGGCUCGACGCAUAAACAGCACUUCAGAAGACUCGGAUAUUCGACCAGCAGACAGAGGUUUGGCGUCUCUGGAGCGAUCCAAAUCUCUGAGGGUCAGAAUGGCAAAGUAUCAGGCUGCCGUGUCCAAACAAGAGACCAACAGUCCUCAGAGCUCGGCUGAGAUCGAGGUCAAAAGUUCAGCAGUGGAUAUGAAGGAAAAUGCGCCUCCUAGUGGUGGAGAACAGACUGAGAAAGAGAAUGCAACUUCAGAGUCGAUGAGCACUAAACCCAAUGGUGUGUUAGCUGAUACAGGAAGUUCGAGCACUGCAGCAUCUGAGCCAGAAACCAACGACACGCCCAAAUUUGUCCGGGGGCAGAAGUUUCGUGCUACUGUGAGAGAAACUUGCGUUGCUUGCCAUAAGACUGUUUACCCGCUGGAGAAACUGGUGGCCAAUCAACAAACCUUCCACAGCUCCUGUUUCCGCUGCACUCACUGCAACACCAAGCUCAGCUUGGUCAACUUCGCCUGCCUGCAUGGUAACAUCUACUGCAAACCUCACUUCAACCAGCUCUUCAAGUCCAAAGGGAACUACGACGAGGGUUUCGGACACAGGCCUCAUAAGGAACUGUGGACGGCCCGAGGUGACAACGAGGAGAAUGAAGAGUCUGAAAAGCCAAAACCCGCUUCACCUGACCCCAUCCCAGUUACACCACCCAGUUCAGAAAAAGUCUUGGAUCAACGUUCCACAGUUGAAGAAAUUCCGAUAGCGAAAGUCACAGAUCUUGCAACAUCUCUGGAGACCAAAACUCAGCCACCAGUUAAAGAAGCGGAGAAACCUGCAGCUUCUGUGGAGAAAAAAAAAUUGAAAAUCGCUUGGCCACCACGUACUGAAGGUUCCAAUUCUGCUCUCGAAAGAGGAAAAAGCCCGGUUAGAGUUUUCAAGCUAAAAUGGCCACCAGAGGAAGAGGUCCAAUCCAAUCUGGAGAGCACAGAGCGAGUGGAGUUGAAGUAUCUGAGACGCAGUGCAUCUCUCAAAGAGCGAAGUCGACCUUUUUCCGUGGCACCUCGCCUGGAAUCCACUAAUCAGGAGCAACCACACCCCCUCAAGACCACUUUGGUGAGGUCUGGCUCUAUGGAGCUCCGUUCAACUUCAAAAAUUCAGAUUGUCCAGAACGAGAAAGGUGAUGACAGCUCAGAAGCAAGAAAGUCCUCAGAGUCAGACCACAAGGCUUUAAAUAGCAGUGAGGCGGAGGUUCCUCCAAAGCAAGAGGAGAAAACCAAAAUCCCACAAUCAAUCCUGAAACGGUCACAAUCAAACAAUCAAAGGGAGGCUUUUGAGGACCAGAUGGAGGCUGAGGAGAAACCAAAAAAAACCCUGGAACUUAAGAAAACAUCACCUCCCCAAGCUGCGGAGAACAACAGGACGUCUCAGGAUGUCGGUUUCUGGGACGGAGAAGAAGCAGAAGAAUCCCUCACCAUGGAGGAGGUGAUCAAGAGGAACCGAUGCUAUGAAGAUGAAGAUGAAGAAUUUGCUGAAGUUUGAAACCACGCAUCCCUCAGGAUCUGCUCAGACACUGAGAGCGUUAUUAGAGUAAUGAAAAUUAUUUUGAAAAAAGCCAUAAAUGGUCGUGGUGAUGAGGUUUUCUUAUUAUUAUUAUUAUUUUAUUUUCAUCUUCAUCAUCUCAUUUCCAACUGGAUUUAAAAAACAAAACAAAAAAAAACAGAUUAUUUUAUUGCUGGUGCUCUUAAUGUCACCACGUUAAUCCCUGUUUCGUUUUGUUUUGUUUUUUUUAGAGCUGGAACAAAAUGCUGUUUUUAUUGUUUAGGGUUUUUAAAUUUCAUGCUUUCAGUCUUUCUCAGCAGCCCUAUUGCAACCAAAUUACUUUUUAAGUUUUUCAAGGGUUAUUUGGUUUUGUUUUUUUUGGUCUAUCUACUGCCAGCUAUAAUCCCGUAGUUGGUCCACUUGUCCAGAGAACCUUUAAAUACCUCCACCAACCACAAAAUGACCACUAUUGUGGAUGAAUCUUUCAAAAAAAAAAUUCAGUUAAGAGUUGCUGCUAUCAACCCCAUUACUGCAUCAUAUUUUUCUCUCGGAGCAUACUGAAAUUAAACUUAUGUCAAUUAGAAGAUCAUAAUUACUUAUAAUGAGAGCUGCAGGGAUAAAACCUCAGUUUAACUUGACUUUGAAUACACUAAUAUUCAGACUGUACUGUUAAACCAUCGAAUGGUCAUAAAGGGAGAAUAAUAGCGGGCCUGAAGCAGAGCCUUGUUGGAUGCCCGAUUGUCAUGAUUAAUUUAUGAUGCUUUGUUGCACUCUGGAAAUUUCGAACAUCUUGUAAUAUUAAGCGUAAUAAAAUACACAAAGCGCUCCGUCUUGAAAAUGAAUAUUUUAGAAAUACUCACUAAAGAAGCUGUGUGAAAAUGCAAGGAAAAGUCAAUCAGACGAUCUCUUAUCAUGACAGUUACCAAUAUAACACAAUAUUAUCAUAUUAUAAACUGCAGCAUUGUAUAAAUAAAAACAUGCAGAAAUAUGAUCAUGUGACCAGGUGAUGAAAACAUCCAGAAACAAACACCAUUAUAGUAGGGCUAAUUGCUAAUUUCUUAUUAUCUAUUUCUUAAUUAUUUUUUUUAAUUUUGCAGCAACAAAUGAAACCGGCCAAAUUAUUUUAGACAGCAAUAUUUUUUUAAUAUAAUUUUGUUGCAGUAUAAUAAACUGGAACUAAACAUGUGGCAAAAUAUCUUUACUUAAAAUAAAUGCUUUUACAGUUGAUAUGUACGUUUUAUCUUUCAUAUGUCAAUGAGUCAUGUUGCAGUUAUGGCCAUUUUACACCAAUUCUUUAUAAUAGUUCUUUCUUAUUUAUACUUGAUUUAUUCUUUGCUUGUAAGACAUGGAAGAUUCUUUCUUUCUCUUUCUCUCUCUCUCUCUCUCUCUCUCUCUCUCUCACACACACACACACACACACACACACACACACACACACACACACACUUUUAAUCAUGAGAUCAUGGUAACAGGAAUAUCAUCUGAUUGGCUGAAGCCCAGCACAGUGCCUCUCGAUUUGUCUUAAUGAUCCCUCUUAAUUUUUAAUGUGAUAAUGCUUUUAUGCAAAUGUUUUAUAUUCUGUCCUACAAUGAGACCAAACAAAUCUGCCUAUAUCUGCCUUAAAAUGUAAGAAACUUUGGUUAAGUGUAAGGCUUUAAUAAAUUUAAUAAAAAUGAUUUGAGAGACUGUUA